AUGGCAGAUGAAUCUGAUUUUUCGGACGCGGGGCUUGAUGGCCUCCAAGACUCGGACAUCUCUCUCGAGGGUUUUGAUGUUCUUGAUCACCAAGAUGUUGCCGAAUUCAACACAGCCAACAUAUUGCCGCAAGAGGCCGCGAUUAUCAAGAAAAUCAGGACCUGGCUCAAUCCCACACAAUACGCAGGAGAUGGUAGCGAAUACCAGAGACACUGUGCAUCACACUUGAAGGACACCAGCCAAUGGGCCUUUACUUCCCCUGAAUUCAGGGAAUGGCAUGAUAGCCAGGAGCAUGGCAUCCUAUGGGUGCGAGGGAUCCCUGGAUCUGGCAAAUCAGUUCUCGCAUCAACAUUCAUCACCCAUUUAUUGAACGAGGGCCCUGUUCUGUACUUCUUUUUUCGCCAUUCAAUUGAAUCCAAUCGUCGUCCGGACGCGGCGAUCCGGGACUGGCUAUCACAGGUCCUGACAUCAAGUCCGCCUCUGCAGCUUGCACUGACAAAAGAAAUAUCCAAGCCCGUGGACUCUCUGACAGUAGAGAGGUUGUAUGAACUGCUGCAACUGGCGCUGGAGAAUCUCCCUAAAGCCAUCUGUGUGGUUGAUGCUUUGGAUGAAAUGGACAGCGCCGCCCUUCCAUCUUUUCUCAAACUGCUCGACCAACUAGGCAACCUCCGCCCCAGGGAACUGAAGGUUAUAAUGACUAGCAGGCCUAUUGUCAGCAUACAGCAAAGUAUGAGGGGAAUCAAGCUGCUGGAUAUUCGUCUUGAGAAAAGCCUCAUGGAACCAGACAUAUCGGCCUAUGUCCGGCAUAAGCUUGCUGAAAUCCAUUUGAGCCCCGAGAGCCAUCCCAGAGUUGUGGAAAGCAUAUUGCACAAGUCUGGCGGACUGUUUCUUUACGCAAAAUUGGCCAUUGAAGCUAUUAUAGAGAUGAAAGACGAGUCUGAUGCUCUGAAGACUCUCGAAAGGCUGCCGACAGAUUUAUCAGCCGUAUACAAAGAGCUUUUGAAAGAACACCUUGAGCGAACGGGGCACUCUGCGGAGCUCCAAAUGCUAGUAUUGCAGCUUGUAACACAUGCAACCAGGCCGUUACGCCUGCUAGAGAUCUCCGAUUGUAUCAAAGUCACUCAGCCUCACUACGGCGAUGACAGUGGGAAAAUCAAAGACGUUGUGCGAUCCGUUUGUGGACCUCUCCUAGAGAUUCUUCCAGACGAGACGGUCUGCGUUAUCCACCAUUCUCUUGCAGAAUAUCUUUUGGGGCUCGAUGUAGGCGAGGAAAGAGAGUUUCCCGUGAUCGAGUCAAGGCCGACACAUGAUCUAUUAGCACGGCUCUGUGUUUCAUACUUGGCAUCGGGCUGCUUGGAACUUGUCAAGACGGAGAAGGGGUCUGUUGGGGAAAAUAUGACCCUCAAGCCUGGCCAAGUCUAUGCCCCGCUCACGAGGUACGCGGCGUGUAACUGGUUCACGCAUCUGAAAAAGGCUAUUGCCCAUGGUUUCAAAUCACCUGAUACUCUGGAAGCUCUGUAUAAGCUACUUGUUCUGAGUGGAGAACAGAAUGCGGCGAAACUAAUAAUGCUCGCAAAGCUUGGGAAGGUUGGCCGUCAAAACGAUGGAGAGAUUCUGGCGCCCGAGAUUCAAGCUUUGCACCUUGCUGUUGAGUUGGGAUUGACAGAACUAGCCACUGUUAUCCUCAAACAUCACGGGGACGAAACACUCAAUUAUGAUGGCGGUCGAGAUAACGAGCCUCUGUUGCAUCAUGCGGUGGCCAAAGGCAGCGAGGAUAUGGUCCGCCUGUUUGUUACACAUGGAGCCCAGUUAGACCAGCAUGAUAGCUACGGCUCUACACCUCUUCACCUAACUGCUUAUCUUGGAAAUAAACGAAAGGAAACGAGUACUCAGAGCAAUGCCAAAGUGGCUCAUGUCCUCCUUGAGGCUGGUGCUAACCCCUGGAAACCUCUUGGCAAGAACAAGCACGUAGAAGAUACGACUUUUGGGCGUCCACUGAUGCCGCCCAUACGGUUCAUCUUUGCUCAGAGUGAUGAGGCAAUGGCAGAGGCGUUCAUCCCCUUCAUCAGAGAUACUGAAGGCGCGUCACAGGCCCUUAGCUGGGCAAUUCAUGGGGAUCAAAACGUGAAGAUUAUUCGAAUGAUCUUGGGACACCCCUGCACAGAAAUUAAUGCAAAGGAAAGCAGAGAGACUCCGUAUUUUCAUAUGACACCUCUCUAUGCAGCGUGUAAGAUGCGAGAUCCGAAGUUGAUAAGCAUUCUUCUUGAUGCUGGGGCAGAUCCAAACAUACCCCAUAGCACAGAGUUUUUUCAAAUUUCUCAAUCUUUCCUACCUGGAUACAAUGCAUUGCACGCAAUUGCGGAUCCUUAUAGUAACCCUGUACUCCGCGGUUAUAAAUUUGAUGAAGCAAAGAAUGAGGAAACGAUCGAGUGCUUCAAAUUGAUCAUGGGAGCCGGCGCAAACGUGAAUCAAGUUGGCCAUCACGCCGAAACUCCACUUCAUGUGUCGGGAGACCCCGUCUCAGUGAUGUGUCUUCUGGAAGCUGGGGCAAACCUUGAUGCUACGGACUGUAGAGGAAACACCUUGCUGCAACGAACUUCCAAUCUGAAGAUAAUUGAAGCUCUACUCCCCAGAAUUGAUGUCAAUGCUCCAUCCUCAAGCCCGGGGCAAAGACUCCUGACGCGGGCGUUGGUGGCCAAGGACGUGGACUUUUCUGUCAAGCUGCUCGAUCAAGGCGCUGAUGCGACGAUACUUGACUCCAGUGGUAACAGUGUUUUGCAUCAUGCUGUGAAGAUUCCAGGAAUCGAAAAGAUGCCUAAUCGAAAAUUGCUCGAGAAGUUGAUCGAGGGAGGUGCGGAUCCAAACAUUCGUAAUUCGGAUGGGAAGACGGCAUUGCAUCUGGUGGUCAAUUCCUUCUACCUUGAUCAGACGAAAUUUACGGCCUUCCUGGAUGUUACAAAUCCUGAUGUCGAAAUCCGGGAUGGAAAAGGCAGAACCAUUACUUUUGCUUUCCUCGACGAAUGGGAUUCUCAGAAAGAGAAUCACGCCUUGUCUUUCCUUGCCCUCAUGUUCGAGCGGGGUGCGCGCUUUGACGUGACGGACAACAAGGGACGAACGCUCCUCCACGUUGCAAUCCGGCUCUGUCGAGUUGAUGGGGCUUUACUUAAGUUUCUCGUCGAAAAGGGGGUUGAUCCUCAUCAGCCUGACUUUGAGGGCAACACCAUUUGGCACGAGGGGGCUCCUUGGUUUUCAGGGCGGGCAUUGAGAGAACAAGUCUUCGUGGAUCUACAGGAGCUCGGAGUGAGUUGCAAUCGAGGAAAUAGCCGCGGCGUACUUCCGUUUCAUGUCUUGUGCCGUUUCAAGAAGGCAAUGCCUGAUACUCCGGUUCGCAAGGAAUAUCCGUGCGCGUUUGACCUCCUACGAGAGACGAAUCCGGACGUCAUCAACAGUACAGACCGCGACGGAGUUUCGCCUUUGCACAUCACCUCAACGUGCUCCACGAAUCUUACAAGGAGGCUUCUUGAACUUGGCGCCGACAUCACCAAGACAACACAUGAGAAAUUGACAGUCUUCCAUCUGGCGGCACGCUCAAGGCAGGCCGAUGUCAUAUGGCUUCUUGUUGAUUGGUUUAGGACCAAUAGAGCAGACCGAAACAUCGAUGAGUUUUUGAAUGCAAGGGACGUCAUGGGUCGAACAACUUUGUACUACGCGUGUGCUUCCGGUAGCAAUGAAACAGUCCAGGUCCUUCUCGAUUCUGGCGCAACUGCCAACACAGAGACAUUCAUCGGGUCGACAUGGAAUGGCGUCGCUGAUUUUGAGGGCGAACAAAAGAAUUGGAUCCGGGUAUCUACUGGCUCCAGCGUCCACCACGACAACACCUUUUACAAACCGGAUGCUGGAGGAGUGCUGAUUGCUGACAAUCUCCGGCCAAAACCCUCUAGCCUUCAGUCAAAUCCUUACCCAGCACAACAAGUUGACAAGGUCGUCAGCAUCCUUAUAGCCAGAGGGUCAGGAUCUGACAUUACACUCAUGGAUGAAGCAAUUGCAUCAGCUUCCCAGAAGAAGAAUGAACAUACAGUCAAAUGUCUAGAGGAUGCUCGUGAUUCUUUGAUUACGAGGCUCGAAACCCAAGAUGGUGUCGAAUCCGAUAGUUUUGGACUGUUGCAAAGCAUCAUCCCUGGGUUGUUGGAAGAGAUGUCUCUGGAAGAAAGAGAUGCCAGCAUACACCAGAAGCUAUUAAAUGUCAUCGACGAUGGAGAUGUAGAAACCCUCCGUCGAAUACUCUCCACAGGCCAGGUUAACGCCAAUCUGCGCGAACUGGGCAAGGAAGUCCCGUCAUGGACUUCGGCUGAUGGAAGAAGCAUGAGAUCUGGAAGACAAGACCCCAGUACGAACAGCGAGCUUUACGUGCUCGAGUAUUUAGUCACGUGUGACUCUAGGAGGCAGAACAAUUACCACGUGGCAAUUGGAACGCGGAUGUUCAACCUCUUACUGGAACAUGGCGCCGAUCUCAAUAGUAGAUACGAGUGUAAACCACUGGUGCACCGCAUCCUAGAAAAGAGAGGACUUUACGGUCAAAUAUUUACUGGUGAAAACCCGUACCUGAAUCUGAUGCUCAAGCACCCCAGCCUAGAUAUCGAGGCAACAGAUGCAACUGGCGCGACGCUGCUUUUGCGGGCAUGUGCGCUUGUAGAUUUGCCCGUCGCUGAGGGACUCCUGGAAAGAGGCGCUUUAGUUACGGCACGGGACGGUGACAAGAGGAAUGCCCUUCAUCAUUUAUGUUCUCAUACUUAUUUCAUGACAGAGCCCACUUAUGGGGAUAUCAGAACAACCGAUGUGGCUAUGCAGAGGGAGUUUCUCAUCCGCCUCAUACAGUUGGCUCCUGAGCUUCUACUCCAAGUGGACAAAGAUGGCAGAACCCCUCUUCUUUGUGCGCUUGGACAACCAGUCUGGGUGGAUGAGAUGGGGAAAGGCAUCGAUGCCCUCCUGGAGAAUGGCGCUGAUGUCACAGCAGCAAAUCCAGAGUCAGGUGAAACACCUUUGCACCUCCUGUUCGGAGGCUCGUGGCACAUUGACGCCACCGGAGGCGACGACGCAGCAGCUGUGUCUGGAAGAAGACAGCUGCUAUUGGACAGUUUCCUUGCUCGCGGAGCCGAUGUAAACGCAAAAGACCUGGCAGGCGAGACACCAGCAUUCCGGUUCAUGCGCACAGGCACUGUGAAGGUCAAAGUACCGCAAAGUGAGAUUGAAGUAUCACCACGUGAUGAGGAAAAGUAUUUCGCCGCCCUAAAUCUCAAAACCAAGAUGGAGUGUGAGGCCGCUGUGAGGUUGGAAGGCAUUGUCAUGGAUUUGUUUAGCCGAGUUGGCGUGGACUGGACUCGUCUUAGUACCCGCGGACAAUCUUUGCUCCAUGUUGCGGCAGCUCGAGGUGAUGACGAGAGGAGACGUGAAAAGGGUAGAGGUUUGGGAAGGUUCCGUUAUCUAAUGGGCAAAGGGCUUGACAUCCUGGCCGAGGAUGAUCAACACCGAUCCUCGCUAGAUUUCGCAGCGGCCAGCGGAGCUGAGGAUAUCUUGGAAUAUGUGCGAAGAGAGCACGGAUACGGUUCUGGGAAUAAGUAA